AUGUCCCAGCUCGUUUGGCUUGUCACUGGCUGCUCCUCUGGUUUUGGCACAGAGUUUGUGCACCAGAUCCUCUCCCGAGGCGACAAGGUCAUCGCAACUGCCCGAAACAGUGCAAGGAUUGAACCACUUGCAAGUCAAGGAGCAGCUGUCCUUGAGCUAGAUGUCACAGACUCGCAAGACAGCAUUGAUCAAACCAUUGCCAAGGCCUUUGCCAUAUAUGGGCGCAUCGAUGUGUUGGUUAACAAUGCUGGUUUUGUAGCUGCUGGCUCUUGGGAAGAUCUCAGUUCCUUAUCUGGCUGGGUUGGGCACCAGUUUACUGGAGCUUAUGCGGGAUCAAAGUUUGCUCUUGAAGGUGUUGUUGAAAGUCUGCAUAACGAAACCAAGGCUCUCGGUCUUCGCACGCUUUUGAUGGAACCUGGUCGUUUUCGAACAACUCUCUUGUCAACGGGUCACCUUCAGUCAAAGCAGAGUCAAAUUCCCGAUUAUGAAUCAACCUCUGAGAUUCAUCGCAAUCACCUUCAUGUCGGAGAUUUGAAGCAGCCUGGAAACCCAGAAAAUUUCGUCGCCAUUGUGCUUGACUUGGUCAGACAAGAGGGCUGUGCACAAGGGAAAAGCAUCCCGUUUCGUCUUCCUGUUGGGAAAGAUGCGGUAGAAGAAAUUGGGGCUAAAGUCAAGGAUCUUUUGGAGACAUUGCAGGAGUGGGACUCUAUUAUAACAGACACUGACUACUAG